AUGGCUCGCCAACGUGGUCCCGCGCGCUCUGCGCCUUCCAGGCCGACGGCCGCUCCAGCUCCUCGGUCUGUAGCGCCACAACAGCAGCACCGACCCAUGUCGACCACAGCUGCAGCCCCUGCUCAGCAACAAGCUGCUCACCCGCCGCCGGCUCAGGCUCAGGCGUCUCAGGGGCCAGGGCUGUUUGGUCAGAUGGCCAGCACAGCUGCCGGCGUCGCAGUCGGCUCUUCCAUCGGCCACGCCAUCGGCGGUUUCUUCAGCGGUGGCUCUUCUUCCGCCCCGGUCGAACAACAGCAACAGCUUCCCACCGACUCUUACUCCCGCACCGGCCAAGCCAUGGAUAAUGCCUUGUACACUCAAUCCUCGUCGUCCGACGCUACGGGUCCUUGUGCCACCGACAUCAAGAGCUUUACCGAUUGCAUGAACCAGAACCAGGGUAACAUGACCAUCUGUGGUUGGUAUCUGGAGCAAUUGAAGGCAUGCCAGCAAGCUGCCAGACAAUACUGA